CCGAUCCUAUCAAGUGCGUGCGUGCGAGGGAUUGUGGCUUGAUAGGAUCGUCCGGACCUGACGGGAGAAGGCGUGGGUUCGUGCGACGGGACCUCGAUUCGUCCAUCCAGCUUCCACUACCCCUCCGCGCGCUGCCUAGAUCUUUCCUCUCUCUCGCACCCUCUUAUUGGCGGAGGAGGAGGAGGGAUGGUGCGGGAGGUUGCGGAGAGCUGUGUCGACGGGGUGGUGAUGGAGAUGGUGGCGGCCUACUGCGGCCGCUUCUACGCCGCCAAGCCGGAGCUCGCCGCCCGCCGCAUCGAGGCCAUCGGCUUCCAGGUCGGCCACCAGCUCACGGAGAGAUAUACCAUGGAGCGCCCUCGAUUUAGUGAUCAUCUUGAAGCAAUCAAAUUUAUCUGCAAAGACUUUUGGUCAGAGCUAUUCAAGAAGCAGAUUGACAAUCUUAAAACUAAUCAUAGGGGAACAUUUGUUCUUCAAGAUAACCGUUUCCGGUGGCUUACUCGUGUUUCUAUAGAUCCAUCUGUAGAGAGCAUGGAUGCAACUGACAAUGACUCUGCAACACUAGGGGAUAGCGCAGCCCAAACAACAAGCAUGCUUCUGUACUUUCCAUGCGGGAUAAUAAGAGGUGCCUUGACCAAUUUGGGUAUUUCGUGUUCUGUCACUGCAGACAUGUCCAACCUUCCAGCAUGUUCUUUUGUUGUGCGCAUAAAAACAUGAGCUGCAGAUUUUAUGCCUGCUUGUUCGAUCAAGCGGUUUGAACAUUAAAGAGUGCAAGCACGCAAUAGCCUGGGAAAUACGCCUUGUAGCUGCUCCUUUUUCUUUCUCUUUGUUCUUAGAGGCACCUCUUUACUUACUGACUUCAUCAUACCUUCCUUUGUGCACAUCUUAAGAUUGGGUGUAAUUUUGUGAUUCGUGUGAACAAGAGAAGACAAAAUGUAAUAUUUCUCCUGAGAUACUGGCUAGAGCCAUGUAAUUUUGUUGUCUAGCAGUGGAGAAUGUUUUAUCUUGUAUGUGAUGCCCGCGCACAGUCACGAUUUACCUGUUUUUAUGGUUU